UAUUUACAACUGACUCAAAUUACAAGAUAUUGAAAACAACGUACGAUGGUCUGACUUCACAGAUAGGAACAGAUCAAUCAGGAGGCAUUACAACCGUGGACAUUGCAGACGGAAAUGGAUAUUAUUAUAUCCUCGACACCAUAACAUCACAAAUUGAUAAAUAUGAUAAAUCGACGAAUACAGUGGCUGCUACGAUUUCACUUUCAACUGAAGCCACAAGAAUGAUUGUUGUAUCUGAUAAGGAUUAUUGUUUUUUAAAUAAUACUUGUCCUGCAAACUCGACGUGUACAAACUCUCCUGGUACUAACGUCUGCUCAUGUAACACAGGAUUCACUGGGAAUAAAACAAUUUGUGAAGAUGUAGACGAGUGCGCGGAAACGGCAUGUGGUUUAAACUCAAACUGUACAAACACAAUCGGUUCGUAUCUCUGUGAAUGCCAAACUGGUUUCAACGGAAAUGGCAAAAACUGUACAGAUAUAAAUGAAUGCCAGAGUAGCCCUUGUGAUAUGAAUGCAAAUUGUUCGAAUAGCGAUGGCUCGUUUACAUGCACUUGCAAUGUGGGCUUUGAAGGCAACGGCACCAGCUGCACAGAUAUCAACGAAUGUGAACGAGAUGCUCCAUGUCAUACAAAUGCAACUUGCACAAACGUGGAUGGUUCGUACUACUGCGCUUGCAAAGCAAACUUUAGUGGAGAUGGCUUCUUUUGUGAAGUUCUCACGUGUACAGUGGAUGCCAUAUACUAUGCAACAACCAGUGCUAUUAAAGGCGUAUUCUCCGACGGUAACUCGACUGUGACCAUAUUAUCAGCAACCAACGUGAAACUAAAUUAUGAUUCUGCCACCAAAAGGCUCAUCUACUACGAUGGAAGCAAUCUCAUCACAGUUAAACUGGAUGGGAGUGAUCCGAUCACAAUCAGAGGAUCUCUGACGACUCUUGACCGGUUUACUGUGGAUCAUAUAAAGAGAAAGGUUUACUUCAUUACUAAUCUUUUCAAGAAAGUGAGUAUCGUUGACUUAGUUACUGGAAAUUUAACUGAUCUAAAUCCAACCGACAUUGUCAAUGCCGAUGACUUGGACAGUGAUCCAACUAACAGCUUUUUAAUUCCAUUAAAAAUUUCAUUCAAAGUAUUUCUAUUUUUCAUGAGAGCACAACAUGUGGUUGAAAACACUUCUUCAUUGGACAAAGAUAAUUGA